GUGACGUGCCACUAGCACCGCCCUCGCACGCGUGUGUUUCAAAUAGGUCCUGUAGGUACAUACACAUUUUAUCCGCUGUCCUUUGUUAAAGCAUAACGUUUGUAUCUGUGCUCUCGAACAUCAUGUCUGGAAGAGGCAAAGGCGGAAAGGGACUCGGAAAAGGAGGCGCGAAGCGUCAUCGUAAAGUUCUGCGUGAUAACAUCCAGGGCAUCACCAAGCCUGCCAUCCGUCGGCUUGCUCGUCGCGGCGGAGUGAAACGUAUCUCCGGUCUCAUCUACGAGGAGACUCGCGGUGUGUUGAAGGUGUUUCUGGAGAAUGUUAUCCGUGACGCCGUCACCUACACCGAGCACGCCAAGAGAAAGACCGUCACCGCCAUGGACGUCGUGUACGCGUUGAAGCGACAGGGACGCACUCUGUACGGCUUCGGAGGUUAAACGCG